AUGUAUUUUUAUUUUUUUCAAUAUCAUGGCUUCAACCACAUUCCUUUCUAUGUCUUUCUCUUCUUUUAUCUCUUGUUCCUAUCUUUCUUUUUUUAUCUUUCUUUCUCUUAUUUUUAUCUCUUUCUUUAUUUCUCACUCUUCACUUCCUUUUUAUUCUCUUGUUUCUUUCUUUAUCGCUGUUUCUCUUUCAUCUCUUUCUUUCUCUAUCUUUUCUUUCUUUCUUCUUUUACACUUUUUUCUUCUCCAUCUCUCCUUUGUCUUUUUACAACCAUCAUAACAAACAACACUUUAAUCUUUUUUCUCUUUUACAACCAUUCUGACUUUUAUACUUUUAUUUCUUUUUCCUUUCAACUCUUCCUUGAAUCUUUAAACAUCAAAUUCUUUUGUUUUCUUAUUUCUAACUUAUUACUCUUUCUCUUUCCUAUUCUUCUUCAUCUUUAUUCUCUUUCAUUUUCUUUAUUUCUCCCAUUUUCUGUAUUGUUUUCUGCUUUUCAUUUUCUCCUCUGUUUCUUUUCACUUUUCAGUCCAAGGCUUAUCAUAAAAUGUCUGUCUCUAUUUCUUUCUUUUCCCCACCACAUAAAUUUUCUUUGUCUUUUUUCUUCAUUUCUUUCUAAUAGAAUUUUUCUUUCUUUGUUCUUUUUCUUCUUAAAUAAAAAAGGUGGCAAUAAAGAAGGAAAUUUUAUUGUUUUCAUUUUUCUUUCUCCCGCUAUAAUUUUGUCUUCUUUUUGUCUCAUUCUUUCAUCUUCCUUCUUUCUUUCCUACUCUUUUUCUCUCUGUUGUGUCUCUUUUCUCAAUCAUGUGGCCAGUCUCUCUGUUGUGUCUCUUUUCUCAAUCGUGCUGCCAGUCUCUUUGUUGUCUCUCUUUUCUCAAUCGUGUGGCCAGUGUCUCUGUUGUGUCUCUUUUCUCAAUCGUGUGGCCAGUCUCUCUGUUGUGUCUCUUUUCUCAAUCGUGUGGCCAGUCUCUCUGUUGUGUCUCUUUUCUCAAUCGUGCUGUCUCUCUCUCUCUCUCUUUGUUGUGUCUCUUUUCUCAAUCGUCCUGCCUGUCUCUCUGUUGUGUCUCUUUUCUCAAUCGUCCUGCCUGUCUCUCUGUUGUGUCACUUUUCUCAAUAGCCCUGCCUGUCUCUCUCUGGUUCUCAAUCAUGCUGUCUCUCUCUCUCUCUGUUGUGUCUCUUUUCUCAAUCAUUCUGCCUGUCUCUCUGUUGUGUCUCUUUUCUCAAUCGUGCUGUCUCUCUCUCUCUCUCGUGUCUCUUUUCUCAAUUGUGCUGUCUCUCUCUCUCUCUCUUUUGUCUCUUUUCUCAAUCGUGCUGUCUCUCUUGUGUCUCUUUUCUCAAUCGUCCUGCCUGUCUCUCUCUUGUGUCUCUUUUCUCAAAUGUCCUGCCUGUCUCUCUCUCUCUCGUGUCUCUUUUCUCAAUCGUUCUGCCUGUCUCUGUUGUGUCUUUUCUCAAUCGUGCUGUCUCUCUAUCAUGCUUCUUUUCUCAACCAUGCUAUCAUGCUUAAUUUCUCUCUAUUGUGCUAUCUUUCUACCAUGCUGUUUUUUCUGUCUUCUUUCCCUGUCAUUUGA